UAUUUAGACACAGGGAAAGCAAUCGUUCCCCUAUCCCACCCCACCGGAAUAAUUCUCACUCCCAAUCUCAGGCGGACGAACUUAUCAUUACCAAUUCUCUCUUCUCUCCCUCCUCCACGCCGGCCGCCGGGGAAAUAAAAUCAAAAUAAAAACCUGCUAACGAUGGUGAAGCAACAGAGAUCAAUCCGCCGGGAAGUGGCACCUGCGCUCCUGAAAACCCGCCGCCUGCCAAACAACUGCACGCCAAUCCUGGAAACCAUCCAAGAAGAGAGUCCCCGCCCCCGGCGCGGGAACACAACCGCGUUGUCGCCGUCGACGGUGACGACGGUGGGAAACAGAGGGAUGGCAUUGCUUCUCCCUGUUUUCAUCUCGUUGGUCAUCUUCUUCUUCUUCCACAGGGACGCUGUCUGCUUGGUGGGGAGGGGGGCCGAGUAAAUCUGGUCCAUGACGGAAGGAAGUCAAACUUGAAUUUUGGCAAUACCCAAUCUGUCGAUCGAGAGAGAGGUGAGCUAGGGUUUUGAGAGAGGUUCGAUUUUUUAUUUUUUAUUUUUUUUUCAUUUUUUACCGUCUUGUGUUUCGGGUGGGGUGGAAUACUGGAAACGGCGUUUUGAUAAUGAGUUCAAAAUUGGUUAUUUUGAUCUUUUUUUAGUUCCAAAUGUCAGAUCAUUUAAUUGAUUGUAUUUGGGAUUAUAAAAUGCAGGAGUUUGAUGGACUUUCUUGUCAUUACUUUGUACUACCUAAUUUUCAAUGAUAAUGAUGAUAUUGAAACUUUGAGUGGUCUUACUGCCUCGAUCUCUAAUGUGUCGAAUCGUCUGUAUGGUAAUUUCUAAUUUGGGUAAAAUUCAAAGUAAAAUUAAUUGAUUAUA